AUGGCACAGGACACUACAGUGCCCAAACUGAACUUUGAAUAUUGGUUGGAUAAAGCUAUUGAAUGGGGUCAAGCCACCACACUGGAAUCCCAGAAGGAUGUGUACCUUCACUUGCCCCAGCUCCAGCAGUUUCUACAUCAGGUUUAUGAAACUUUAAAACAUAUGGAUUCAGUUGUAGCAAUCCAGCAGUUCCCUUUAAUUGGCCAGCUUCUAGGAAGACUUUGUUGGAAUCCUUUUGUUGUAGGUUAUGAUGAAAGUCAGAAGAUUCUGAUGUGGUGCUUAUGUUGUCUAUAUAGCAAUGAACCACAGAACCCUGUGGAACUGAAGGCCAACAGCUGGAUACGGAGUUUGCUGUGCCAUCUUCUUUCUUCUUCUAAGUGGGAAAGUAAUGAAGCUGAAACCAGUAUGCUUGUUUCAACUCUUGGCUACACAUCAGCAGAUUACCAUUGUUGCUUAGUUAAAAAUAUGGUCUUAUCAUUAGUAACAGAACUCAGAAGGAAUAAUUUCCAUGGACUUAACACUGAGGGGAGAGUUUCAGACAGUCGUGUGAAUGCUGUGUCCCAUUUCUGUCUCCCUCUCAUUACUUUGCCUGAUCUAACUCCGUUGCUGGAAACUCUUCUUUGUUACCAUGGAGGUGCGUCAAAAGAAAUUCUCAGUUCAGAAUUUCUGGAGGCUGUGAAUGAGGCCUUUUUAAAGAAGAAGAUCUCUCUCCCUGCAUCAGCUGUCUCCAGCCUCUGGCUUCGUCACUUACCAAGCCUUGAAAAAGCUACAUUGUAUCUCUUAGACCAGCUGGUUUCCAUUCCUCUUAAUUCACUAGAAGAAGUGGCUUAUGUCAUAAAAGAAUCCUGCCUGCCACAAGCAGCAAGCCAUCCUGCCAUUUUCAGAAUUAUUAAUGAAAUUUUCAAGAAUGCACUCCUGGAAACUGAUGGAGCUUUAGAAGUUGUGACCACAAUACAGGUGUUUACACAGCUCUUCCUCGAAGCUCUUCAAAAUGAAAACAAGCAGCAUAAAUUUCCACUGAAGGCCUACUUCCCAUACCAUCACCAGCCUCUUGUAACAGCUUUAUUCAAACGUCCUUUUGAACUGCCAACUACAUACUGGUCUCAACACUUGAAACACAUUUCAGAUAUGCUCAAGGCAUUAGUAGAAGACUCAAGCAUUAGUUCUCUUGCUGACCUUUUUGAAAUAUGGUUCUUGGUUGCUUGUUUUGGAGAAUGGCUCGAUAUUGCAGUAGAGCAGUUACUGAAGGCUGCUGUAGAACCAGAUGCUUUACUGUGGCUGCUGGCAUUUUACUACUGUCCUCAGAAUGAAAAUCAACAAAGGACUCAGACAAUGGUAGAAGCUCAAGCAGUCUAUGGUCAUCUAAGGACACUGUUCAGCUGUACAGUCCUUUCUGUCAAAGAUCUGGAGGCUGCUGUACACAGUGUAACAGAUACAGAGCAGUGUUGUAACCAGCAUCUUAUAACACAUCUUCUUACCAGCUUUUUGCUCUUUUCUUCUGGUGGACAUAUGGUUGCCCAGGAACUUAUUUACCAUAUUGCUGACACAAGCGAUAGAAGCAAAGAAGUUUGUAGCCUUCUUAUCCGUACUGCAUACAGAAUUAACCAUGAUGGAGAAGAAAAACAAAGGAUUGUCAAGCUGCUGAAUGAACUUCUUCAAAAUCUGAAAGCAGGUUUUUAA